CUUUUGCCUGAAAUGGCCAAGAAAAAUCCACCAUCACUAAUUGAAGUUGUAAAACAAGUUGCAGAGCAGCAGCAUUCACAAGCAUCAGAGUUUGAAAAAAACAAAACAGUUCUGUUUCAAUUGCAGGCAAAGUUUCAAGAACUAGAAAAAGAAAUGGAUUCCAUUCUGUUAGAAAUUAAGAAAACAGAAAGGGAUAUAUCUCUGCAAGACGAUGCCAUAGAGCUGACAAAACAUCACUGUAAAAAUCUGGAGGUGCAAGUCAGAGGCCUAUAUUCUGAAAUUUCAAAGCUGAGGCAUGAUGCAGAAACAGUACAAGAAGAAUUUGAGAUGACAUUUGCAAGAAACAAUGAGUAUAGGCAAAAAAUAAAGGCUCACAAACAUCUCUUUUGGGAGAUGGAAAGUAAAAUGUCAGCUAUGAUUGAGCUCAAUAAAAAGAAAGCUGUUGUUAAAGAAUUAAAGACAAAGAAAGAGGAGUUGAUGCGUGAUCUCCAGAAUCCAGAGGGAACAGUUACAAAACAAGUUCAGGAGGAAAUUGCACUUUUAAAAAGUGAAAUCACAACACUGAAAGAGCUCAUCAAUAAAAAAACAGAUUUGCUGGAGGAAGAAAGAAAAAUGCAUGCUAAGCUUAAAAAAGAAAUUGAGGUGCAGAAUAAAAGAUACAAUGCCAUUCUAAAACGUUUGCAUUGCCAACUGAACAAACUCCAUUCAGAUAAAAGACAAUGGCAGUGGAACAUUCAGCAGCUGGAGAAGAAGGCGACAGAGCUAAGGAGGUGUCUUGAGGUAGUGGAAUUACAAAGUAGGAUGUAA